AUGCCCAGGGAUGAUUGUUGUACAGGGAAUCCCCCUUCCAAGCCAGGUCGUUCCCUUUUGCGUGCGCCGGCUGAGCUUCUCCAGCGCCUCAUGCCUUCGUCUCGCUCAUUCUUUGGAACUACUUCGCGAGACUCUUUGCCACGUCAAGACGAGUUAUCUGACCAUAAGGGCUCAACUCAGCCAAUAUGUGGUGACGAUCGAGUUGCAAAUAAACUCCAGCUUCUCAGCCCGUUAGCUCCUAGGUUAAAUGACAGAAGUCAAGGGAGCGCGUUUGCUUCUCGAAUCGGGAGUGGAAGCGAGGGAAAAACAGUCUACGAAUCCUUUGAACCGUUGGGUCUCUCCUCCCAGCGAAUUCCAAUUGGCUCGGCUUCUGACGAGGAUGAAGAUAAAAAUUCUGUUUCGUCUCAAAUUCCUCGUGGCGGCUUGAAUGAUGCAACAGUCCAUGAAGCCAAUCGAACUGAAGAAGAUUCUCUGGCCACACAGCACCCUGCUACUCAGCCAUUGCAUGCAGUUGAGGGACCGUUUCCUCGGAAAAGACAGCGCGAGAGCGUGGAUACACAACCCAAGCUGGCUGAUGAUGAAAAUGCACGCCAAAAAUCGAAGGGGGACUCACCGUUGUUGAAGAGACAGCGAAUCGACAUUCCCCAGGCAACCUUGAAAGAACUCCCCGAAGUUGGAAAGCCAGCAGAGGAUAAAUCUGGUACAUCCCAUGCUGAAGCAAAGAGCACUAAGGCAGAUUAUGUCAAUCCAGAACCUGCCCCAAUUUGUUCGUCUCGGUCAAACAGGGUGAAUCCGUGGGAAGGGAUUGAAAUGAUAGCAUCAAAUGAGGUCUUUAUUCCAAAAGAUCAGGCGAACCUGCUCGAGGAAAAACUUUGGAUCCCACCUAUGCCGAAUGAGCAAAUGCCCCAAGGGCAUGUGCCUCCUUCGCUUUUGAGACAAUGGAACAGCAUUGCAGAGCGCAGGCAUCGACAAACAGAAGAAGCCAAGCCUAUACUAGAGCAGCCUCCUACUCCAACACAAGAUACCGUCAUGUCUUCUGAUAAUGAUGACUCUGGAUCCGAAGGGACCCCAAUCGAUUGGACGCCAACUCCAGAGAAAAGUCGCUUUGAGAAUCGCCUUCCAGAUAGCAGCCCCGUGAGACAAUCAAGCUUUAUCGGCAUUAAGCCGGUUCCGAGUCUUGGGUGGAAUGCUGCUCACCAAGCAAAUAAACAUGAUUAUCAGGGCGAUGCGACUGGUUUUAAAAAGGGAUUCAAUCGUCUAAUAAGACAUACUGAGGCAUCUCAGAGUGCCUCUGGGGAAUCGGCGGCUGAGGACCCUCGGUCCCUUGAAGGAAACGAUGCAGAUGCCGACAAGAUCAUGGCCUCAGUCGAAGCAUCCCUAAUUGAAUUUGGACAAGGCGAUGCUAACCUUGAUCAAUCAGAUCAUUCCCUGUCGCUCGAGGGUCAAGCAUCAUACCAAGCUCCAGAGUUGUCUGAGAAGUCACCCACACAGCUCAGCAGCCUGGAGUCUGCUAUCCAACCUAACCAGGACGAUUCGGGCGACGAAAGCGAUGAGUCAAUAAUGGACACUUCUGUGCCUUUGGGACUUGGCGAAAGCUGGCCAGAUCCGACACAAAGCACUCAGGUUGAGCGAGAUGCGGCAAGCUCAGGGGCUUCGCUCCCAGGAGCGAACGGGAAUCGUGUUCAAGUUGUAGAGACUCCUGCAAAUAACAAUGGUCGACUGCGCGGCAAUGAGCCAAGCAAUCAGGAAAGUGAACUCAGACCUCCCCAUACGCAAAUGCCUUCUUCUCAGGCCAAAAAAACAUCAUCGCCUUCGCGAGUCCUCAACACCUAUCCCUAUUAUGGAAGCUAUGAGAAAAGCCAAAUAUCAAACGAAGGACUCGAUCCAUCUUCUCAUCCCACAGGCGAUGGAUCACCUCGGAUUGAUGUCGAAGGGACCCAGACCCAAAACAGCAGCACGAAUGUGCCAUCACAGAAUACAACUCAAUCCCAAGAGAUCGUCCUUGAUUCCUCUGGUCCAGCUUAUCGCCACCAAAAUAUUCCCUGGUCAGGCCAACAAGCAACUGCUGAGCCUUUAUGUCUGCUUUUUGCGAGCUCCAACGAGCCAGCUUCGACACAGCUCAAUGAGCAAAAUCAGAGACCGAUGGAAGGGUAUAUCUCACCAGACGUACCUAUGAUUUCUUCGCAAGUUUCUACAACAGGUUGUUUCAACAUUCCCGUCCCUGAUCAGGACUACUCUCCAUCAAAAAGCCAAAGAAUUUUGCCACUUGACAAUGAGACUGUGAGCGAAAAAUCGACGGACACGCAAAAUACUCAAAACGCUGCUCUUGUAGCCAGACGUUUAGCACAUAUUGGCAACCCGGAGAAGGUUGCACAGGCCAAGGAAGUAUACAAGAGAUUUUGUGAUGACUACUCAGCAUAUACUGGGGACUUCGACCACUUCAUCGAGUUGUGUUCCAGGCUACAGGCAGUUCGAGCAGAUGGGAAGCUCCAGCGGUCAUUUUUGUGGGAUGAUUUCAUCAUCAUGCAUCUCCAGCAAUAUUCUUCACACAUUGAACAGCGUGUGUCCCAGGAUUCAACAACGCUAAUGUACGAAGAGUUCUUCCUUCUGAACUUCACACACCCGAUCCACAGAAAACGCAGCCUGGCAGCCCACAGUGUCGAAAUUGCGGCGUCACAAUUCAUUCCAACUGAAUUGGUACCCCUAAUUGCCAGCAGCCAAGUGCAGCUAGACCCGCCUGCUGCUCAAAAUGAAGUCACAGUAUCUUCAUUUGCGACAAAUCUGGCGGAAAAUCCCCCAAACUUGCAUGCCGAACCGAUCAAGGAAGUCACGCUGGGUAGCCUUCCUGAUACGGUCAGUCCUUACUUCGUUCCCUCUUCGCCGGUCGAUUCUGUUUCGAUCAAAGUGGAAGGGCUAGGCUCAAACUAUCAUGAUUCAAGAGAUGACCCAAUAUACUCUAUGGAAUCCGAUGAAACAAGGGAUGUCAAACCCACUCUUCACAGCUUGGAGCCGAGUUUCGAACAACCGCCAGACAAUCCUCACGACGUACGAAAUGAUGCAGAUGAUGAUCACGUAGGUGAAAUUGAAGAAACCGACCUAGAAGACACCUACCAUGAAACCGCUAGUGUCGAACUCGGUGACGAAAGCUUCUUGUCAACCCCACCGGCCUCCUCUUCACGAGCCCUUCCCAUACCAGUCAUGUCCCCUGAAGCGAAAUACGAGGACGAGAACUGGUUCGUCUCGUUACGGCAUAUUCGUCCCAAAGGCUCCGUGUGGUCCGACGACCACAACACACCGUUCAAGCGCUAUGCUGAGGCAGAUCAGAACGUAUUAACUGACCGUCUUCGGCGUGGGGGAGCAAAGAUUCUCCUCGAUGACAAGGGCGUGAUUCGCCGUGCGAUUCACCGUUGUUGA